AGGCGGCCCAUGUCUUCUUUAAAUCCUCCUCUCUCUCUCUCUCCCUUUUAUACUAUUGUGCCCAUGCUGCAGUUGAACUUCCCAUAAUAUUUUUUGUGAACUACUUUUUUACACUACGUUAAACUUGUUAAAGUUGAUUGUUCCUUUACUUCUCAUAGAUACUCAUUCUUAGUCGGAUGAUCUAGCUAGUACUCUUACUUCCAUUCCUCGUAAUUUUCCGAAAAUUUCUUUGUCUUCCCGCCCACUGCUCGUUGCACUCUCAUAGCCUAGUGAAUGUGUGUGCAUCAGUUGUUUUCUCCAGCGAACGCGCAUAAGCGUGUGCUUGCCGAGUCGUCCAUCUUAAAGCUUGCAGUCAACCGCCGCAAGGCGUAAAAGAAAUCUGGGGCACGAUGAAUCGCGACAAGGGUAGCGGUAUGGUGUACGGCAACAAGGGGGAGACCAGUGUGGCCCUCCAAAAAGCCUUGGAUGACCAUCAAAAAACCAAGCAGAUGGCCCGCAAAGCGGCUGAUGCGAUGCUCUCAGAUAUUUUCGUAGGUGAAGCACGAGACAACGUCUUUCGAUAUGCUCAUGAGAACGACUGGCCUUUUGGCAUUCAACACGUUACGUGCUUCAGGGAGGCGAACCCUGAUCCAGCAGGUUUUCUAGGCUUAAAGUCUGCACUACAACGCAAUCUAGACCAUAUAGUGGGGGGAGCAAACGCGAAGGAGAAAAUAGUAGACGUACCAAGUCAAGAUGCCGUCUUCGUCGAUGCAACACGGGCGAAAGAAGCAGGUUUGUUUUAUUCAGGAUCCGAAAGAAUUAGAAACAGAAUUCUUUUCCGUUUCAUCAUGUUUAACAUGAUCUGUUUUCCUAUUUCUUCAGGUGUAGCUGUGGUUCUAGUUAUACAGUGUGCCUGAUGCAGAUGAGUUCUAAAUGAUUCAAAAUACAUCCCAACAUAGCAAUAGAUAUUUGGUUCCAAACAAAUGUGUAUCACCAUUAUCAUCUUCAGAUAAGGAGCACAUGCGACGGCUGCAAACGGGAUCGGCGCUUUUGGUAUCCAAUGAUGUCGGUGAGAAGCCAGACGGUUCUACCGUACAGAAAAUCGACUUCAUCAUGCCAGAGGGUGCGGCGGGUGCGCUACCCCAUCAACGGAAAGUGCCUCAAGAUGAACGGCGAAUGGAGUAUGAAGCCAGUUUGCCUCGACCAGCACCGGGUGCGGACCCCUUGCUGGACGAUGCGGAACGUGUGCAAGCGAUGGGAGGCACGCGACGAGCCGGCUCAGUUGACGGUUUGGUCGCGAGUGGAGCCGGUCAGGGUGCGGGCCAGCGGAAGCCGCAGACCGAGCAGUCGGCUUUUCAGCGCAAGAAGCGCACUUUGGCGAGAGUGAAUUUGAAAGAAGCAGUCACAAAAGGGUAUGAGGUAGGGGAAAUCGCGAUGAAAGCCAAAGCCUUUGCACGAGAAACCAUGCAAUUUCACCUAGCGGCGCAGGAGGCAGCGGAAGGGGGCUUCUUCUACACAGAAAACGACGUGCAGACGGCUAACGCGAACACGAAAGCCGCGCAGGAGCUUCUCGCCGCUGGUCGGGCGAACGAGGAACGGAAUCCAUUAGCGGCAGCAUCUGCGAACCCAAUCAAAAACGCCUUUUGGGAGCAUUACCGGUCCAAUGUGUCGCAUGCUGACGUGCGGCUACUGGAGGAGAACCAGCAACGGGUAGCGCAGCAGCAGGUGCUCUCCUCCGAAAGGAUUCUCGCUGAGAGACACAUCAAGGGCAUGGAAUUCGCC